UCUGGUAAUUAUGGCCUCUGCAUUAUCUGCUUCAACGAACCCUUCUGCUCCUGCCAUAGAUGAACCAACCAACAAGUGAAGAAAUGAAGGUGAAGAGAGAGAGAGAGUCCCUUCACGGUGCAAGUACUUCGUAAAGGUUAAGUUUUUCGCAGAUAACGUUGUGUUGUGUUGCGUGCUUCUACUCUUAUUAGAAGCUAUGUUGUUGGCGUCUUUUCGUUUGAACUUCCCUUGUACUGUGCAAGGAACUAUAUUUUGUCAAAGGAAGCAAUUAACUCAUGGAUGCAAAGACCAAAAAUCAAAGGAUUACAUAGUGCAGGAUAGCUGCAUGUUGCAGCAUUCAGAGAAAGCAUUGAGGAGGACACUCUUCCUUUCUGUCUUGGUCUCAGCUGGUGUUUUUCCAACUUUGUCUUCUUAUGGCAAGACAAAGAGUAAGAAUCCGUAUGACGAAAAACGGUUGCUUCAACAAAAUCGGCGGAUACAGAAAGAAAACAAUGCCCCAGAGGACUUUCCAAAUUUUGUUAGAGAAGGUUUUCAAGUUAAAGUAGUAUCAUCGGAUAACUAUGUAAAGAGUGAUUCAGGGCUCAUAUACCGAGAUUUUGUAGUUGGUCAAGGUGAUUUUCCAAAGGAUGGGCAGCAGGUUACGUUUCACUAUAUUGGCUAUAAUGAAUCUGGACGUCGUAUUGACAGCACUUAUUUGCAGGGUUCUCCUGCCAAAAUCCGCAUGGGUACCAAGGGAUUAGUUCCAGGAUUUGAGGAAGGAAUUAAAGACAUGAGACCGGGUGGAAAGAGAAGAAUCAUUAUUCCCCCUGAACUUGGACCACCAGUAGGACCUUCGACCUUUUUCAGUUCAAAACAGUUUGAAGUUUUUGAUGUCGAGCUAUUAAGCGUACAAAACUGUGAAAGAAGAACCAUAGCCUUUUACUCGGAUGUCAUAUGCAAUUGAGACAAGGCUGCCAUUUGAGUUUUCUAAAGCAUUAUCACUAAAGGCCCAAGCACACAUUAUUAUAGCUAGGAACUUAGAAAUAGUAACUCCACAACCUUUACCUUCUUGCUUUAAGUUUGAGGUAAUCAUCAUUUGUCAUUGUUUAAGAGUUUUUUCUUUAUUUUCUUUGGAGCAUAUUGGCCAGUGUUCUUUAUUGCUCUGGUUUGUAAGUUGUAACCUUGUUAAAUCAAGAAAGGGUAUGAUAUUCAUUGUGAAAUUGGUUAAGAAUUUCUCAGAUUAGGAUCCUCUUUGUCUUUAUUAGAUCGGAUGACUGAUCAAUGACAGCUUUGUAGCAUGGACAUGAUUCACAUGAAACACUACAUUCCUUAUACUCAACAAAAAAGGGUACCAUACACUUAA